AUGGGGCACUGGAAUGAAGUGCAGCAGCAGCAGCUGCAGCAGCGGCAAGAGAAGCAGCGGCUGCUGCAGCAGCUACACGAGCGUCAGCUUCAGCAACCACCACCUGUGCAGCAGCAACAGCAGCCGCUUCAUAAUGAGGCAGCAACAGCAGCAACAGCAGCAGCAGCAGCUGCUGCUGCAGCACAGCAGGCAUACAAGUUGCCUUCAGUAUCAUAUGCUUGCAGCAGCAGCAACAGCAGCAGCAGCAGCAGCAGCAGGAGCUUCUUCGAGUGGCUUAAGGCAAACGAUGACGAGCAACUCUGGCGCUGUGCCUGGGGAGCACAAGCCAGCAGCAGCAGCAGCAGCAGCAGCAGCAGCAACCCUGUCAUAGUUGUUGAUGCAGGUUCUCACUGCAUUCGGGUGUCUAGAGCUGAGAGGGGCCCUGAGGGAGAAGAGCAGAGCCUUAUAUUGCCUCAAGUUAUUCGCAGACCGUGGGAGAACGAGGGCGACGGCUAUAUGCCGCUGUAUCGUGGGGUUGUACGCGACUGGUCGGCCUACGAAGAUGCAGUUCUUCAUGUGCUAACUGCUGCUGAUUCAGGGAUGCAUCCUGCUGCUGCUGGGGGGCGUUUGCUGUGGUGCGAGAGCAGCCUCCGCUCUCCGCAGCACUUUGCGAGGAUAGGCGAGAUUUGUUUUGAGCUCCUGGAAGCUGAAAACUUUCUCUCAGUCGACAAAGAUACUCUGUCUGCCUUGGCGAUCACCGGCUGUCUGCGGAGCUCAGCGGACACUGACAGCAGCAGCAACAGCAGCAGCAACAGCAGCAGCAGCAACAGCAGCAGCAGGUGGAACGAGAGCGCUCUUCGCGUGCUGCGGUGCAUGCAGCACUUCUCUGGCUUGGUUAUUGACUUAGGAGCUUCUUUAACUAGAGUGUCUCCUUUUCUAUUAGGCCAGGCCUUCGGGUGUCUCUCCUUAGAGCUACCGCUGGGAGGCAGAGACAUUGAUUUGCUGCUCUGCAGCAAACUGCUGCAGCAGGAGCAACAGCAGCAGCAGAAGCAGCAGCAGCAACCGCAACAGGGACGCAGCAAAAGGGACUGGAGACCCUGCAACUGCACCAUGGCUGCUGCAAGAUCCGUGAAAGAGCAGCUGCUUUGCUGCUCCGCGGAGAAGGGCAUCGUCUUAGCAGCAGAGACAUCUCUUGCGAACAGCAACCCCUGCACUGUACAGCCACCUACUGGCUGCAGCCGCUGCAACCGCAGCAGCAGCAGCAGCAGCAGCAACAGCAGCAACAGCAGCAACAGCAGCAGCAGCAACAGUGGCGGCUUAGGGAUGGACUGCAAGAAACGCCGCUGUGACGAAGGGCCGUGGAGCCCCACUGAAGAUGAGCAGCAGCAGGAGCAGCAGCAGCAGCAGCAGCAGCAGCAGCAGCAGCAACAGCAUCAGGUGCCGCAUUGGGUCGUUGGAGACUGUCGAGUAACAGCAGCAGAAAUACUGUUUGAUGCAAAGGCUCUCAGGGAUUAUAGAUACACCUGCGCAGGGGAGGAGCCUCUUAGCGCCGUUCAUUUUAUGCCGCUGCAGGCAGCAGUGGAGGCGGUAGUAGAGAAGUGCCCCGUAGACACCCGAAAGUAA